AAAAGGUGCCACUCUCAGCAUUUCUCCUUGUUUUUUUUGUUGCUUUCUGUUAUUCUCUCUUCCACACUCCACUUCCCAAAACCUCUCUCUCUCUCUAACUUUGAUCGAAAAAACCGAAAACCCAGAAAGAGAAUCAAAUAUCAUCACCACAAAUGCAUUCUCAGAACCACCAACAAUCUCCACUUGACCCCUCCGACCCCCAACUCCCCACCAUCAAAAUCCACCACCCUCCCUCUCCCCGCCACCACUCGUCCUCCUCUUCCGCCUCCGCCGGAGUUCCGGUGGCCACUCCCACCCCCACCGCCGGCGCCCGCCGCAGGAUCGGAGUCGCCGUCGACCUCUCCGAUGAGAGCGCCUACGCCGUCCGCUGGGCUGUCCACCACUACAUCCGCCCCGGCGACGCCGUCAUCCUCCUCCACGUUAGCCCCACCUCCGUCCUCUUCGGCGCCGACUGGGGCUGCAUCGACCUCGCCAUCGCCACCGACGACGACGGAGAGGCGGCGGCGACCGCCACCCCGACCAAGCGCAACGCCAAGCAGAAGAAGCUCGAGGACGACUUCGAUGCCUUCACGGCCUCCAAGGCUGCCGAUCUCGCCAGGCCGCUAAGGGAGGCGCAGAUUCCGUACAAGAUCCACAUCGUCAAGGACCACGACAUGAAGGAGCGGCUGUGCCUGGAGGUGGAGAGGCUUGGGCUCAGCGCCGUCAUCAUGGGGAGCCGAGGGUUUGGGGCCGUGCGCCGGGGAAACGACGGGAAGCUCGGGAGCGUCAGCGAUUACUGCGUUCAUCACUGCGUUUGUCCCGUUGUUGUCGUGAGGUAUCCGGAAGAUAAGGACGACGGUAAUGACGGCAGCGAUGGCGGCGCCGCCGUGCUCGCCGCGAAGAACGAGGAAGAUGAGGCCGUGAUCAAGCCCGUGGAGAAGGAGAAGCAUCUAAAAG